AACAAGUUAUGGAGCCAAGAAUACUGCUCAAAUUCAUUCAGUAUUACUACAAAUUCGUGCAUGAAUUAUUUGAGAUCCUCUCACUGUAGAUGUUUGGCAAAAAGGCGAGUCAGUGCUCAAGUCCAAGAAGAAUGUAGUUUAUGGUUAUCAAGACUAAUGAAAUAGUGCACAGAUAAGAAUUGAUUUCACCAACAAACCCCUCUCAUCACUUUUCCGUAGUAUGAUAUAAAUGAAAUAGAGCAGAUCAUAUAGCAAUAAUUCUGAGAGAUUAUAAGGAUAAAGGAAGCUAAAGGCAUCCUAACUUGAACUACCACCAGAUGUUGAUAAAGAAUGCUUAAAAAUGGUAUGCAACUUAUCUCUCCCCUCCUUCCGUGCAAAUGUAUUUUCUAAGAAUUUCUCCCUUGUAUUCUAUCCCUUUUGGCUAGUAAGCAGGAUGUUUUAAUGGCGUAUAGCCUAACGAAGACUUACUUUUGAGCAUAUUUCUUAAUAAU